GAGAGCAGGGGUGUAUAUAAGGGGUGUCUCUCUGAGCGGAGAAGUUCCUCCAUCCCUUUCUCACACACACUCCUCCAACACUCUCUCUCUGUCUCCAUUUCUUUACUGAAGAUGACUGCAGGGUUGUGUAUGUGUGUUCUGCUGGUGGUCCUGUGCACUAGCUGUUCAGGACGCGCCCACUUCUCUCCCCCCCUCCAAGAGGGCAGCCCUGCCCUGCCCCCUCCCUCUGAAGCACGUCUGGAAACCAAAGCCCACUUCCUCUCCGAGCCAUACCUCAGACAUACUCACUCCUCUCCUUUGGUCAAUACCAACCCAUAUAUGGGAGAAGGCAGAGUCUCCAGAGCCAAACUCAGUGAACUGUUGGCUAGACUCAUCUCCUCACAGAAAGGUUACAUCAGUGGGAACUCAACAGUGAAGAGUAGAGCCAGCGGUCUCAGUGCUAACCACCUGAUAAAAAACCGAGACUACACCGGGUGGAUGGACUUUGGCCGCCGCAGCGCAGAAGAAAACGAGCACUCCUCGUAGAAAAUUAGUCACUGUCUCGUCAUGAGAGUGUAUUUAUUCGGUAUUUGAUGUACAUUUGUUUGUAAACACCAUAUGAUGCAAUAUACAGCAUCUACAGUGGCAAGAAAAAGUUUGUGAACCCCUUGGAAUUACCUGGAUUUCUGCAUAAAUUGGUCAUCAAAUUUGAUCUGACACAGCGUGCUUAAACUAAUAACACGCAAAUAAUUGUAUUUUUCUUGUCUAUAUUGAAUACAUAAUUUAAACUUUCCCAGUGUAGGUUGGGAAAAGUAUGUGAACCCUAGACUAAUGACUUCUCCUGGAGCUAAUUGGAGUCAGGAGUCAGCUAACCUGGAGUCCAAUCAAUGAGAUGAGAUUGGAGAAUUUGGUUAGAGCUGCCCUGCCCUAUAAAAAAACACUCAAACAUUUUUUGUUUGCUAUUCACAAGGAUCAUUGCCUGAUGUGAACCAAGCCUCGAACAAAAAGAGAUCUCAGAAGACCUAAGAUUAAGAAUAGUUGACUUGCAUAAAGCUGGAAAGGUUUAUAAAAGUAUCUCUAAAAGCCUUGAUGUUCAUCAGUCCACGGUAAGACAAAUUGUCUAUAAAUGGAGAAAGUUCAGCACAGUUGCUACUCUCCCUAGGAGUGGCCGUCCUGCAAAGAUGACUACGAGAGCACAGCGCAGAAUGCUCAACGAAGUUAAGAAGAAUCCUAGAGUGUCAGCUAAAGAUUUAUAGACAUUUCUGGAACGUGCUAACAUUUAUGUUGAAGAGUCUACGAUAUGUAAAACACUAAACAAGAAUGGUGUUCAUGUGAGGGCACCACGGAAGAAGCCAUUGCUGUCCAAAAAAAACAUUGCUGCACGUCUGAAGUUCGCUAAAGUGCACCUUGAUGUUCCACAGCGCUACUGGCAACAUAUUCUGUGGUCAGAUGAAACUACUAUGUGUGGAGAACAAAAAGGCACAGCACACCAACAUCAAAAUCUCAUCCUCACUGUAAAGUAUGGUCAUCAUGGUUUGGGACUGCUUUGCUGCCUCAGGGCCUGGACAGCUUGCAAUCAUUGACGGGAAAAUUAAUUCCCAAGUUUAUCAAUACAUUUUGCAGGAGAAUGUAAGGCUAUCUGUCCACCAAUCGAAGCUCAACAGCAGUUGGGUGAUGCAACAGGACAACGACCCAAAACAUAAAAGUAAAUCAACAACAGAAUGACUUCAACAGAAGAAAAUACACCUUCUGGAGUGGCCCAGUCAGAGUCCUGACUUCAACCUGAUUGAAAUGCUGUGGUAUGACCUCAAGAGAGCACCAGACAUCCCAAGAAUAUUGCUGAACUGAAACAGUUUUAUAAAGAGGAAUGGUCCAAAAUUCCUCCUGACCGUUGUGCAGGUCUAAUCCGCCACUACUGAAAACGUUUGGUUGAGGUUAUUGCUUCCAAAGGAGGGUCAACCAGUUAUUAAAUCCAAGGGUUCACAUACUUUUCCCACCCUGCACUGUGAAUGUUUACAGUGUGUUCAAUAAAGACAUGAAAACGUAUCAUUGUCUGUGUGUUAUUAGUGUAAGCAGACUGUGUUUGUCUAUUGUUGUGACUUAGAUGAAGAUCAGAUCAAAUUUUAUGACCAAUUUAUGCAGAAAUACAGGUAAUUCCAAAGGGUUCACAUACCUUUUCUUGCUACUGUACAUCUGCCACAUUUAGCAGAACGGCUAUUUAAUGUUCUGCUUUUCUGUCCUGGCUUUUUGUCUGUUUAUGGUUUUGGAGGGAAUUGUAUGGAAUAUAAAAAGGUCAGGUGUGGAUGGAAAGAGAUUUAUAGUUCUCAGUGAGACAAACCUGGAUCAAUACCUGGUCAGGUGUGGAUGGAAAGAAAUUUAUAGUUCUCAGUGAGACAAACCUGGAUCAAUACCUGGUCAGGUGUGGAUGGAAAGAGAUUUAUAGUUCUCAGUGAGACAAACCUGGAUCAAUACCUGGUCAGGUGUGGAUGGAAAGAGAUUUAUAGUUCUCAGUGAGACAAACCUGGAUCAAUACCUGGUCAGGUGUGGAUGGAAAGAGAUUUAUAGUUCUCAGUGAGACAAACCUGGAUCAAUACCUGGUCAGGUGUGGAUGGAAAGAGAUUUAUAGUUCUCAGUGAAACAAACCUGGAUCAAUAAAAGUUGAGAAUGUACAGUAUUUCAACAGAAGUUCCCAAAGAUACACACACACACACACACACACACACAUAAAAGUAUGGACACACAUAACAACUUACACACGCGUCAACCAUAUAAUAUACUCGUGGUAUAACCUCAAGACUUUACACUAGAAAUUAAAAUAGUGAACAGUGGCCCAUUUAUAGCACAUCAAGUUGGUAGAAUACACAGCUCUACUCCUCUAGAACCACAGUCCUGCUGCUUUUCAGUUCUCUCAAUUAACCAAUUACUAUCAUUUAUUACAUUAUUAAGGCCAUUGAUUGGUCAGAGAGUACACACACCUGGUUUCCCGGGUCUGAAUCAGUCUCUGAUUAAAAGGCAAGGAUGAAAAACCAGUAUCAUGAAUACUUAGGCCUGUGUAUGCGCAGUGCUGAUUUUAGCAUGUACAGUUGAAGUCAGAAGUUUACAUACACCUAGGUCAAAUACAUUUAAACUCCGUUUUUUUUUUACAAUUCCUAACAUUUAAUCCUAGUAAAAAUUCCCUGAGUUAGGAUCACCACUUUAUUUUAAGAAUGUGGAAUGUCAGAAUAAAAGUAGAGAGAAUGAUUA